AUGGAAGCUAACAUUUCGGAUGCCACACUGAAGUACUACCAAUUCCCAGGCACCCUGUACCUUCUACCUAAAUACCGACAAGUUGCAAGUGAAAUUCUGACUGGAGUAAAAGAAGGCCUCAACUCAAACUACGAUCUAAUCAAGAACAUCAGUGAGCAUGACGAUCCUGGUUCUGGUCACAAACCAGUCAUUGCUAGUGCUGGUUCUGGUCACAAACCAGUCAUUGCUAGUAUUAUCAUUGGCUGCCAAAGCAUGACAAAGAAAGUGCUAACAAAGUUAUCAUGGAACUUUAAGAAGGCUGACUGGCCUAGAUUUACAAAUCUUUUAAACAAUGAACUCUACGCAAGUCCCCUCAACUUCCGCCAACAUCCUAAAAAACUUUGCAACAAAAAUACGAAUAUUAUGAUUAGAAGUGCAAAGAAAACUAUUCCCCGAGGCAAUGAGCUUGCUGAAACAAUGAAGGCCUUAAUCAGAAGAGAAUUCAAGACCACAUGGUGCAACAAACUUAAAGCUCGAACAAAGGAGAAACAGUGGAUAGUGGCACUCUCCGACAUAGCCGACUGGCCAAGAAUCGAAGCCGUUGCUGAGUUUAGACUUCGUACCGGACACGAUUGCUUGGCAAAACACCUUCACAGAUUGGGAGUAUACACUCAACCCACAUGUCCCCUAUGUAACCUAUAG